CACGCAAAGCCAAUAUGUAGAAAUAAUAAAAAGAAAAAGAAAUACCGAAUUUUUCCCAAUCGUCAAAUUCCCAAAUUCCUUUCCCAAUCGAAAACAGUAAUUAAAAACCCUAAUUUGUAAAUUAGCAUUUUAUCCCCAAUUAUUUUCCGGUGAGUUGAUCGGAGAUGGUUUUACCGGAAAAUACAAACUGGCUUUAUGAUUACGGGUUUGAAGAUAGCUCCGUACCUGAUUCGAAUUUCUCAGCUACUGCAUCUGGCUUUAAUUGGAAUUUGAAUGGUUCAAGAAAUCUUAGUGCUGAGAUUGAUGGGUCAAUUGGUGAAUCAGAUUACCCGAAGGAAAGUGGUUCUAAGAAACGGGCAAGAGUUGAAUCAUGUGCUCCAACAAGUUCCAAAGCUUGCAGAGAGAAACUGCGGAGAGAUAGGCUAAAUGACAAGUUCAUGGAAUUGGGUGCACUCCUUGAGCCUGGCAGGCCCCCAAAAACAGACAAAUCUGCUAUUCUGGUGGAUGCUGUUCGCAUGGUGACCCAGUUACGUGAUGAAGCUCAAAAGUUGAAAGACUCAAAUUUGAAUCUGCAAGAAAAGAUAAAGGAGCUAAAGGUCGAGAAAACCGAACUUCGAGAUGAGAAACAGAGGCUUAAGGCUGAAAAGGAGAAGCUAGAGCAACAACUAAAGACUACCAGUGCGCAGCCUGGUCUGCAACCUGGUUUCUUGCCUCCUGCCAUACCUGCUGCAUUUGCUGCUCAUGGUCAAGUUCCAGGAAGCAAGCUGGUGCCAAUCAUGAGUUACCCUGGUGUUGCUAUGUGGCAAUUCAUGCCUCCUGCUGCUGUCGAUACUUCACAGGACCACGUGCUCCGUCCUCCAGUUGCUUAAAUUGUGGAAGCAAGCUAAAGCCUAAAAUGGUUGACUUUUACUGUCCGGUUAAAUUAAUCGUGUAGUCAAAUGCCCUCCGGUUGUACUAGUUUUGGCUCAACUUCCCUUACUGUAUUCGGUGGAUGAUAAUUGUGAUUUUUGAACUAUUAAUGGGUUAAUGUUGGCUUUAUGUGUAAAAUUUAAUAAAUUUAACCAGGACAUGACCUCUA